AAUUCUUCUAAAACCACUGUAAAACAAGAGAGAGAGAGAGAUGGAGAAUUAUCCUUAUAAUUCUUAUCCAGAUUCCGGCGACUCAUCGCCGCGAUCCAGAGAGAUCGAGUUUGAGAAUCCGCCGCCGUGGGAGGAUCCAUCUCAGCAGCAACAAAGUUACAAGGCUAAGUUCAUGUGCAGCUAUGGUGGAAAAAUCCAUCCUCGGCCUCAUGAUAAUCAGCUAUCUUACAUCGGCGGUGAGACGAAGAUCCUGUCCGUUGAUCGGAACAUCAAAUUCUCCUCCAUGAUCGCUAAGCUCUCCGCUUUGUGCGGAGGUGGCGACGGCGACGUUUCGUUCAAGUACCAGCUCCCCGGCGAAGACCUCGACUCGCUUAUUUCUGUUACCAACGAUGAUGAUCUCGAACACAUGAUGCACGAAUACGAUCGGCUUUAUCGAGCCUCGGCUAAGCCGGCGAGGAUGCGGCUUUUCGUGUUUCCGGCGACUGGUUCCGUGAAUUUCGGGAGAGAAGGAUCGAAACUGGACCGCGAACGGUUCGUUGAUGCUUUGAAUUCAGGUCCGACUCACGGUGGUGAAAAAGCCGCUACGAUCCCCCAAAGCAAAGUCGAUUUCUUGUUUGGACUUGAAAAGGGGAUGGCUCCACCUCCGCCGGUCAAAAUCCGCGAUCAUGUGGGGGAACCGGUGAUUACGCCGCCGCCUCCGGUUCCGGAAAUCCUGGGGACAGAUUAUAGUUUGAAUCCAGGUGAAAUUCAAAGACAAAUACAAGACCUGCAGAGGCUUCAAAUUCGUGAUCAAGAACAGAUGUAUAGGAAGAAAGCUGAAGACGCCGCUGCUUCUAUGCCUUACACAGGAGAAUACUACGCCCAGAAGUUACCAGAAAAAGUGCCGCCGAUGACCGUACAACAGCACGCUCCGGUGACGGCUGGAUACUGGCCGGAUAAACAUAUUUCCUCCGGGAGUUUCCAAACAACCAUAACGGCAGCUCCAGGCCCACCACAUCCGGCGGAUAAUCCAGUUUACAUGAUCCCGGCACCAGUUCCAGGACAAGCUCCGGCCACCCUCUACCACGCACCACCACCAGUUCCCGCUCCAGCACCGGCACCUGCACCACCCCAAAUGGUUCGACCGGUAACCGGACAAGCCGGUCAAGGCUACUACACCAACGUACUACAGAGAAUGCCACAAGAAGUUUACCGGGAUCAACCGAUCUACAACAUGGUGUCGCAACAACCGCCACCUCAACAACCUCCGCCGCCUACGCAACACCACCCCGUGUCGACCAUACCACAUCAGGCGGUGAGGUCGCCGAGCGGUGGGGUGACAGAUGCUGCAUACACACACGCGGCAGCGUACGAUAGGCCAAAUUACUAUACUUCGCCGGGGGCCGUCGUGCCACCUCAGUAUCAAGGCGUCGGCGUGGCUGUUAGUGGUGAAAAACGGGGCACCGCCGACAACAGUAAAGUGGUAUACAAAGUUUCACAAGGUUCAGUUUAAUUAAACUUUAAUUAUGAUAGAAUUUGCGCUUAUAUAUAUAUAUAUAUAUAUUAGUUUUAAAUUGCUAUUAUGUAUUACUAUGUGAAGUCUAAAUCAAAAUCUUAGUACUUAACCUUUUUAUGUUUUUACGCUAUAUGAAAUUAUGAGUUUGUGUUGAU